AUGGAUGUUAAAUUUGUACCAGAAACUGGAAGGUGGCAUAUCUUUUAUUUCUCUGACAAACACAACAAUGAUCUAUUGGAUACACAAUUCAGUGCUAUGUUGCCUGCCCACAGAAAAAUGUCAGAGGCAGAUAUUAUGCAAAUGAUGAACAUGCUAAAGUCAGGGAUUAGCACUUCACAGAUAUUUGGUCUUCUAGCUAGUCAAGCAGGCGGGUAUGAAUUUGUUGGCUAUGGUCCCAGAGAUAUGUACAAUGAGAUUGCUCGGCAAAGGCGUCAAAUUCCUGGUGAUGCAGCACGAGUGUUGAAGAAGUUGGAGGCUAUGCGGUUGAAGGAUCCACAAUUAUAUUUCAAGGCAUGUCAUGAUUCAAGAGGUUUGUUACGUAACUUGUUCUGGUCUGAUGGGAUUAGCCAACUAGACUACCGACUCUUUGGGGAUGUUAUUGCUUUUGAUGCUACGUACAAGAAGAACAAGUAUAGUUGUCCAUUAGUCAUAUUCAGCGGGGUUAACCACCACAACCAAACAAUUAUUUUUGCUGCUGCGUUAGUUGUGGACGAAACUACUGAUACAUAUAUUUGGCUCCUGCGUCAGCUCAUGUUUGCAAUGAAGGACAAGACCCCGACCUCAAUAAUAACUGAUGGGGCCAUGGCGAUUAGGAAUGCAGUCAGAGUUGUAUUUCCCGAAGUCAGACAUAGAUUAUGCGCUUGGCACCUUAUUCGAAAUGCAACUAGCAAUGUUGGAAGUCCAUCAUUUACAUCUAAAUUCCAAAAAAUUAUGUUGGGAGACUACGAGAUUUCCGUGUUUAAGCGUAAGUGGGUUCAGCUUAUUGAAGAAUUUGGCUUUGAGGAUAAGCCGUGGGUGAUCAACAUGUACGAAGAGAAGCAUAUGUGGGCUACUGCAUAUAUAAGAGGAAAAUUCUUUGCUGGCUUUAGAACUACCUCAAGAUGUGAAGGUUUACACUCAGUUGUUGGAAGGUAUGUGGGGUCGCGGCAUGAUUUGACAAGUUUCGUAGAGCAUUUUCAAAGGUGUGUUGCACACUUGCGCUUUAAAGAAUUUAAUGCUGAUUAUGAAUCUACACGUGGGGUGCCCGUUAUGCAGACUUGUAUAGAGCUGCUAGAGAGAUAUGCUGCUGAGUUAUACACUCAUGAGAUAUUUCGUUUCUUUCGGCCAUUUCUUUCUAGAGCUGGAUCAAUGCGGGUGCUAAACAUAAAGAAUAACGAUGAUUGCAUAAAGUACAUUAUGUGUAAGCAUGGGAGGCCCGAUUUUAUGUGGACUGUUGAUUUUCGUCAAGAAGAAAUGAUCUUCAUGUGUACCUGUUUAAGAAUGGAGUCAUUUGGAAUUCCCUACGAACAUAUUGUGAAAGUUAUGAUGGACAAAAAGGUUAAGUCAGCACUCAUUGAUCCAAGUGGGUUCACGAGGGAUGCUGUUAUUAUUAGUCGCCAAAGUGCCUUGAUAGAAUUUUCUAAAAAAUUGGCUGCUGUUGCUGCUAAAGUACCAGGGAGAUAUGAAGAGACACGUGACCUAAUUAUGGGAUUGUACUCAUCUUACAAGGCUGCAAACGAAGGCACUAAUCAACCUCAUUCAGGUGUAGCUAAAAGUAGCAAUCCGUAUGCUCAUCAAAUUGGUGUAGGCUCAGGACAACCAUCUAGGAAGAAGCGGCAACGUUGUAGUGUUUGUCAAAUGGAAGGACAUAAGAAGACAACAUGUCCUUGGCAAAAGGACAUUGACAACAAUGUUAUUGAAGAUGAAGCUAAUGGUUCAGAUGAUGGCGACGUAUAUUCAGUACCGACGGCUGAGUUAGAUAGUGAUAAUUAG